UAGUUUCAGGCUGGGUUAUAUUCGUAUGCCAUGUGCCGCUGACGGCACUGAAGGACUUCCUUAAAGUCCUCCUUCUUUGCUCCCUCUUUCUCUCACUCAUUCACGGUCUUCAUCGCACACACUGCCUGCCCGCAAAAGAUGGUCCCAGUAGCGAGGACACUUUGGAGUCUCAAAGACGGGGUGAUAGUGAUCUGUACCCCGCUUCUCCUACUACCUCUGCCUCUGAUCCUAAGAACCACGGAGGCGGGAUGCGGCUACGUGAUCUUCCUGAUGGCAGUGUACUGGUGCACCGAAGCCCUGCCGUUGGCCAUCACAGCCCUACUGCCAGCUCUGCUGUUUCCCCUGCUGGGCAUCAUGGAGUCCAAAGAGGUGUGCAUGCAGUACCUGAAGGACACCAACAUGCUCUUCAUUGGUGGCUUGAUGGUUGCCGUGGCGGUGGAACACUGGAACCUGCACAAGCGCAUCGCCCUGCGGGUGCUGCUUCUCGUGGGCGUGCGGCCCGCUCUGUUGAUGCUGGGAUUCAUGAGCGUGACGGCAUUCCUGUCCAUGUGGAUCAGCAACACGGCCACCACUGCUAUGAUGGUGCCCAUCGUUCAGGCCAUGCUGGAGCAGCUCAAUGGGGUCCAGCCCGAGGAGGCCCACUGGGGCAACGCUAACGGCCAGGUCGGGCCCCCCGAGGCAGAGGCCAAGCAGUCUGAGGACCAUGUGGUAGUGACCAGGCUGAGCUUGACCACGCCGGAGGCAGAGAAGGAGAAUGCAGAACGGCGGCGCUUCUGCAAGGGCCUGACGCUGUGCAUCUGCUACGCAGCCAGCAUUGGCGGAACGGCCACCCUCACCGGAACAGGGCCCAACCUGGUGCUGAUGGGUCAGAUGAACCAGCUCUUUCCCGAGAACGGUGACAUCAUCAACUUUGCCUCCUGGUUUGGGUUCGCCUUCCCCAACAUGGUGCUGAUGCUGUUGUUGGGCUGGCUGUGGCUACAGCUGGUCUUCUUAGGGACCAAUUUCCGGAAGACGUGGGGCUGUGGGGUGGAGAAGACCCCGAAGGAGAUUGCGGCCUACAAUGUGAUCCGCAACGAGCACCAGGCCCUAGGUCCCAUGAGCUUUGGGGAGCUAAGUGUGCUGGGUGUCUUCAUCCUCCUGGUCCUACUUUGGUUCACCCGAGACCCAGGUUUCAUGCCUGGCUGGGCCACACACCUCUUCAACUCCAAAGCAGAGUACGUGACAGACGCAACAGUGGCGGUCUUCAUCUCCGUGCUACUCUUCAUCCUCCCAGCCAAGGCUCCAUGGCUCAGUUUCUGGCGGUUUGAAAGCUCCGAUACAGAACCUCAACCCUCCACUGCACUGCUCACCUGGAACGUGGUCCAGAAGAAACUUCCGUGGAACAUCGUCCUGCUUCUGGGGGGAGGAUUCGCCCUGGCCAAGGGCAGCGAGGUGUCAGGUCUCUCCAAAUGGCUGGGGAACCAAAUGACCCCCCUGCAUGUCAUCCCUCCGGGGGCCAUCGCCAUUGUCCUCUGCAUGUUGAUCUCCAUUUUCACUGAGUGUACCAGCAACGUAGCCACAGCAACACUGUUCCUGCCUAUCUUGGCCUCCAUGUCCCAGUCUAUCGGCUUGAACCCUCUGUACGUCAUGGUCCCCUGCACCUUGAGUGCCUCCUUUGCCUUCAUGCUUCCUGUGGCCACGCCCCCAAAUGCCAUCGUUUUCUCCUAUGGCUACUUGAAAGUGUCUGACAUGGCCAAGACAGGUGUGGUCAUGAACAUCAUCGGCAUCUUGUGCAUCUCAGUGGCCAUCAACACCUGGGGCAGACCCAUGUUCCAUUUGGACUCAUUCCCUGUCUGGGCCAACGUCACAGGACCGUGAAGCUACCCCCUCCCAUCUGACAGAGACAUAUAAUACAUAAACACUGUGAUGCAACGGCAGUAGUGUGGAGCGAGUUAUUUUGGACCAAGAGAUUGUAGGCACAAGGCCAUUUGAGUGCCAUCGUCAACAUCUUCAGGAUCUCGGCUUAGUUUUUCUCUUAGGUUCUCUAUAUUUCUCUCCCUUUCCAUACCUUCUCCACAUUAUUAAAUUCCAAUUACAGAAUCUCCCUUCUAAGAGGACCAGUUAUAGAGCAAUGCAAAGGAAACUAGCAAUGUGCGAUAUGCACUCCUCCUGAUCUGUGUGCCAAUGACGGACACCUGGCUUGUAAUCUUGCCACAAUUAAACGUUUCGAUGAACGCCACCCUUUAGAGGCUGGGUCAGCAGUGAGGAACAUUCCUCGCAUUGACAUCACAUAUCAACAGGAUCACACCUGAAGCCAGAGAGAAUGUAUUCAUUAAGUCAAAACAUAAAAUGUGCUAACAUGUUCAAGAAGCAUUAGUUAUAAGUCACAUUCAGCCUUGAUAUUUUUGAAAUGUGUGACUAUAAUAUAAUAUAUUGUAUAAUAUAAUAUACUGCUGAAAGUCUUGUUUGUCUUCAUCUGGUGAAAGAAAUGCUGACUGUAAUUUCUAAAAAUGCAGUUAUCUUGUGUUGAGUUGUGUAGAUUUUUACACAUUUUAUUCACUCGGCUGGUGUCUCUUCCUUCCGUUAUUGUGUUAUACAUGUGCAUCUUUCUGUUGCUCAACAGUUAAAGGACUUUUUGUGUGCCUCCCCGUUCCAUUCACCUAGGCCGUGUUUCUGUGGCGUGGUCACCGCAGAGGAGGUCACCAAGCCGUGGGUCAUCGUAACCCUGAUCAGGUCAAAUAGGAAACCGGCAAAUCCAUACACCUCCCCAGGACUGGGAUUCCACUUGAUGUGUCUGUUCAUGUGAACUUCAAGACACCUAAUUGUUAUCUGUGAAUUUUCCUGUUCAUAAAGAUCCAGUGCAAAUACUGGACAUCACUGGCUCAAGAAAUAAAUUAUUUUGAUCCAUGUACUUCAUUUUGUUGAAUGGGGUUCUGUUAUAUCUGUGUUCUAACAAAGAGUUUGAACAAAAUAAUUGUAUUAAAGGCACUUGUUAAUUUCUACACUAAAUAUGCAAUAAGAACAUGUAAAAUUCUUCUGUUCUUUAUGUAAAAAGUCUUCCCGGAUUCCAAUAAGUAAAUAAAAACGUGCUGUGUGAUUUCA